AUGGCCCUUAGGCCCAAAAAGUCCACUGCUCCUGGGCUCGAUGGUAUCACCUACGAUAUUAUUAAUCUUCUGGCAUCCUUAAAGGUAAAUCCAAUACUUCGUCUCUACAAUCUCAUAUGGACUGAUAAUGAGCUUCCAGGCUCUUGGAAGCAUGCCGUAAUUAUUCCCAUACCCAAGCCAGGAAGGAAUGGAGAAAUGAGGUCCAUUUCCCUAACAUCAUGCGUCUGCAAAGUAUUUGAAAGGAUGCUCCUUCAGCGACUGCAGUAUGCCAUCACACCACACCUCAGCAAGACCCUCUACGGUUUUCUACCUGGCAGGAGCAUCCAGCACUGCAUUCAUCGAGUCAAGAGCAAUGUCCAUGCUAGGUAUACUGCAUUCAUUGACCUGAAGGGAGCCUUCGACAGAGCAAAUCCUGUUGUGAUACUGGCAGAACUCAGUAAAUAUGUUCAGAAAGAUGCUUCACCUCAUCAAGAACUACCUACCAUCUACGCCGACGACAUAGCAUUCCAAGCACGGGAUGAGCGCCAACUCCAGCUAGCCCUCAACAAAUUCACCAAGAUAUGCAACUCUAUUGGUCUUGUUAUCUCCCCUAGUAAAACCAAGGUGCUAACCACGAAGAAACGUCCAGUGAACUCCUUCACAAUACAAGGCACGGCACUGACCACUGUGACACACUAUAAAUACCUUGGAGUCUCAAUAGGACAGUACAGGUAUCAGACGCAAUCCCUGCAGCAGGCAUGCAAUGCUAGACUCAGCAUCCUACGGAGGGUGGCUGGAGGCAACACUGGCGCCUCAGUCAUCUCUCUAAGGCUGUUGUACAUCAUGAUGAUACGUUCGAUCAUUGAUUAUCAUUCAAGCAAUCUCAUUGAUGCCAGAAAAACCCGAACAAAGAAAUUAGAGACCAUACAGAACAGUGCCAUCAGAAUCAUGCUGGGCUGCACCUCCUCUGCGCGAACCGAGUGUGCCAGGUCGGAGGUUGGACUUAUCACUGUCGAAGCCAGGAUUAAGGAGGUUGCUGUUUCACAGCUGACCAGAUCGCUCGAUGCAGAAGACGAUAGAUUUUUUCACAAAAUCUUUACCCAACCCUCCAAAAGGAAGGAAAGAAACGGCAGAUGGCUUCGGGCUGCACGUCAUCUCUAUAACGACAUCAACUUGCAUGAUUUCAUCCAUGCCAACAAGCACAAAGCCAAAGCUGUGGCUCCAUGGGCUACUCCCCAUAUGCACACACUACUUCCUAACCCAUGUGAAAGGAAUGUGAAAGCCAGCAUUACUGAUGCCGAGCUGAGACAAAGAUUUCUAUCUAGAAUCGACACCCUCCCUUCAGACACAGUCUACGUGUAUACAGAUGGCUCCGUUGGUGUCGAUGGGCGUGCGGGAUGUGGAGUAGUGAUCCGAGAGGGGCGCUGCUCAGAUGAUAGGGUCAUUACUGACCACUUCCGCGUCUCCGAUGGAGUCUCCUCGACACAAGCUGAGCUAGCGGCCCUCGCAGCUGCUGCUAAAAUCAUCUCUAGAAAGGAGAUCAACAACAGAAACGUGGUUUUCAUUACUGACAGCAUGAGCGCGAUCCAGUCCAUACUGGGAGAUGUCCGCAAGCACUGGGAGCUUGUACACUCCAUAUACGGAGACAUCAACCACAUUGUAGAUGGUGGCCAACGCACUGUCCACCUUGCCUGGUGUCCAUCUCAUUGUGGCAUCAAUGGAAAUGAAGAGGCAGACAGGCUGGCCAACCAAGGUGGGAAAAAGGAGACCAUAGUAUGUUACCUUCCCAGACCCAUUGCCCAACUCAAGGUCACCGUCAGGAAUCGAGAAUCUGAGAAUUACAAUGCCUCCAUCGCAGCAUGGGCACAAGAGAUUCCGUCCUUGAGGCGGUACCUCGACCUGACUGACGGGAGACCACCGGACUACGUUGCCCUCGGAUUGCACACCAGACACCUGCAGACUUCUUACUCAAGGCUGCGAAUAGGAUACAGGUAUCUGUGGGAAGUGAUACAUCGGCCAGAUGGUGAUGCCCGUGACAGAGACACAACUUGUGACGUCAUAACAACACGCACUGGAAAAACUGUCAGUACAGAGUGUAGGCUGUGUGGUGAGAGCAAUAAACAUACAUACCGCCACUAUAUCAUGGACUGUGCUAAGCUACAGAAAUAUCGGAAAACUGGUAUAUGUAGCAUGUUCAACAUGGUGGAACAUUUCGCUGACCCACUAGUCUUUAAGCGAAUCAAGGCUGCCUACCCCAAGUUCCUUCAAGCUAGGUAG